CCAUAAGGAACAUUUUAUGUAAAAUUUUGUUAACAAUGAAAUGAACACACUUCUUAAUUGUCAUUAUAGGGAAGUGUUCUAUGGAUUUGUCAUCACUUAAAAUUGUUAGAAAAUACUGCAAAAAUUGAUAAGUUUUUGUGUUUUUCCUUACAUUAAAUUAUAGCUUUAAACCUUCAGAUACGUAUAGUUCAAAUCGAGGCACAAUGCAGGAUACAAGACCAGAACUGUACGAAGAAGUUAAACUGUACAAGAAUGCCAGGGAAAGAGAAAAGCACGACAACAUGGCAGAACUAUAUGCUGUAGUAAGCACCCUCCAGCACCUAGAGAAAGCAUAUAUGCGAGACUGUGUCCGUGCGCAGGAGUACACCGCAGCCUGCAGCCGCCUGCUAGUACAAUACCGAGUUGCUUUCAAACAAGUGCAAGGGGAUGAGUUUCCUACUAUUGAGGCUUUUGUUAGCAAGUUUAGGCUAGACUGCCCAGCGGCACUGGAGCGAAUAAGGGAGAACAAACCAAACUUAAUCAAAGAUGACAAAGGAAACACAAACAAAUACAUUGCAGAGAUUGUCUCUUUGUUCAUAACACUAAUGGAUAAACUCCGCCUCGAGUUCCGCGCGAUGGACAUGAUCCAGCCUGAGCUACGCGACCUUCGCGACACCAUGGACCGACUGCUCAUGCUGCCGGAGGACUUCGAGGGGAAACUUAAGGUGCAAGAAUGGCUGGACAAAUUGUCGGAAAUGUCCGCGUCAGACGAAUUGUCGGAGGCGCAAGUGAGGCAGCUGGUAUUCGAUUUGGAGACCUCCUAUGGCGCUUUUAACAAGCUGUUGCACAAGGACUAAACAGGUUAAUACAGGAGCUCAAGGUGUUGUGUCGCAUCUCAACUAGCUUCAUUAUAUAAGUAUCGUUUUAUUGUAUACUGUAGUUAAAUUAUAUAAUGAAUAUCUUGUAUUAAUAUGUAAGCUAUAAUAUAAAGUCAAGUGGACGUCAAAUUGAGCACAUCGGACUUGAAGCACUUGGGCGAAUUGAAGUCAGGCCACACAGACGCGGUAUAGCGGGAACAGCGGUCCGGGGGGGGGACCUGCGGGAAGCAAACGCGGGCCGGGGCGUGCCACACAGCAGUCCCGCGCGUAGUUCGCGGCGUGACACCAAAACAUUUUUCCAUCCUCUAUGUUUUCAACACAGAUAAAGAAAUCACCUUGUCACUGUCGGAUGGUGAUGAAGAACUUCUUUUAUAAGAGCUAAUCCUGCGGAAGUUCCAAAUUGACAGUACUUCGCUUUGGAUAGACACACACUGGUUUUUGCUAUCCAGGUUUUCUUUUUUUUUUACGAUUCCAAAUGACGGGAUGAACAAGUCGUGGACCUAAUGGUACAGUAAGGUAAAAAAUCGUACACUCACGACUUUGAUUUGGCUCCUUGGAAAUCUUUUCCUAAAUCAUUUCCUUCUUUAAACUGUUUUUAUAAUUUCUAUCACUUGUAUUAAGUAAACGGAGAUGAUUGCACAUAUGUUUUUCGAUCGAAUUCAUCUUGAAACUUGACUAAAAUACUCCAUAGUUGUAUAAAAGUACAACGUCCAAACCCGCUGAAGCCCCGCUAAUGCCCCGCUAAUGUCCCGCUCACGGACCGCGCGUUUCAGUGUGACAGGGUUCAUAUGAACUCGUACAUUACCUAAUUCCCGCGCCCGGAACGCUUCCGCGGCCGCCUCUGUGUGGCCAGAGCAUUAGGGCGCGUUCAAAAUAGCCGCUGUUAGUCGCGCAUGUUAAUUUUCCAAAUUAACCACGAUGGACGAAAAUCGAAUUGAAGAAUUUGUAGAGAAUGUAAAACAACACCCUGCCAUAUGGGAUAGCAGUUCCGCCUUACUUAUUCCACUCAACUGGAUAAAAAAGGCAUGGGAAAAUUUAUGUCUAAAAUGUAUUGACAAUUUUGAAACUACAACUGAAAAAAACAUGGCAGGUGAGUCAUUUUUAAUACCUAUAUGUGAAGAGUGUGCCCCAAGAACUAGAUAAAAGUAAUGUUAGUUCGUCAGAAUCCAUCGCGUAACUGGGUCGAAAGAUGAAACAUCACUAAAAAUUUGGUCGUACUUCAGCAGCACGGCCGUCGCGCGGCUGCAGCGCUUCUAACAGCGGCUAAUUUGAACGCGCCCUUAGGCGCCUAUUACAAUGAAGCAAACUUGAUGGUGUUUUUGACUGUACUAAUUUCAUAAGCAUCAGUUGAUUUGUUGAGAACUUAAAAUGUACAAAAACCGUAUUUUUAGAUUUAGAUGGAGGUCAAAUGCACACUUACAUUUGAAUAAAAAAACCGUAUUUUUAACCGACUUCUCAAAAAGGACAAUGUUACGCGAUACCGAUUUUGAAGAUUCUUUUUUGUUGGAUAGAGGGUACCUCAGUAUUGAUCCCAUUUAAAUUUCAAGGAAAUAUUCCACCUCUAAGGGUGGCAAACUAGGGGAUGAAUCCGGUUUC